UCAAGAUUCUUAUCGACUAAAUCCUCUGCUUUUCCGCCACAAAUCUUAUCCACUCAAUCCUCUGCUGGCUUUUCUUUAUUAGUAUGAAGUUCAAUUCCGUGUGCUCUGCACUGCACCAUUGACAUUGGCAUUUUGUCUUUCAGGCAUACCUGUAUUAUUUGUUUUCCUUGUUUCUGUCUGCCUCAAUUUAUCGGUUGAGAGUCUGUAGGAUUGCAAACACCAAGCUACUUUUAUCAGCAUUCUUGUUUGUUUAGAUCUGUAUCUAAUGGCAGGCUCUUCUUCUAACACCGCGGGGCAACCCAACAAUGACCCACAAAAUGCUUCUGAUGGCCUAAGAAUUGUGCUCCCUGCUCCUCUUGCGUCCGGCCAACAAGUAAGCGCUUUUAAUGGCUUAAUAAUAGCCAGACCUACUCCUGUUUCUACUUCUGCUGAGUUCUUAUCGAGAACGAAACAGAUACCCUAUGAUGUCUUCAUAAAUCAUCAUGGGAGAGAUACCAAACACACGGUGGCAAACAGUAUUUACACUUCUUUACAUGCUACCGGAUUUAGAGUAUUUUUAGAUAAAAAUGAGCUAAAGCCUGGGGAUUUCUUUCCUAGAGCUCUAGAAGAAGCAAUGUGUAGUGCGUCAAUCCAUAUAGCUAUUUUUUCUGAGAAUUAUGCGGAGUCACCCUGGUGUUUAGCCGAACUGGCAUUUAUGUUGGGAACUGGGACAAAAAUUAUCCCCAUUUUCUAUCAUGUUGAUCCGGCUACUUUAAGAUGGGCGAUCAAAGGAAAAGGAAGGUAUGCGGAUGCCUUGUCUAAGUAUGAAAUGGAAAGCAGCGACGAGCAUGAAAAGAAGAAAAGAUACAGCUCAGAACAGCUUCAACACUGGAAAUGGGCACUCCACAAAGCCUCCUUUUUCACCGGCUACAUUAUUAACAAUCAGGAGUAAGUAUAAAAUAAUAUUCCUCCUGCAUUUACCUUAUCAAAUAAUUCUUUUGGGGGUUUUAUUGUCCCUUUGUUUGUUAUAUCAAUCGGUAUUCAGUUAAGUCUUUCUUCAUUUUGGUUUGUCAGAUAUAGUUGUUUUGAUUGUAAAAUUAGACAAAAACGGAGAGAUGAGGGAAAAAGCUAACAAAACCCAAGUAAAAGAGAAUCAUCUGCAAUGCAAAAGGAUUCCUUGCCCAAAUGAAUUAACAAGCAAGUCGGCGAAAGAAACAAAUACAUUAUAAUGUUUUAUCAAUGUAGUUUUUGAGGUAAAUUGAUGAAUUUUAUUGGUGUUUAUAGCAGUGCUUUAACCACAAAAUUCUCCCCAGAUCUAGUGCGCUUAGCAUGCUAUUUUCAUAUUUUAUGAAGAUUUUUAUUAUUAAGUCAAAAUAUGCUCUGCAUUUCUUACUUGCACUUUUAGAAGACAAAUAUUAUUCACUCACUCUUUAUUAUGCAGUUCGCUCGCUACUUUAUCCUUUAUAAAUAUACCAUUACCAUUACUCUUUUGUCUGCUUUCUUUGUUUCUGUCCACCUCAAUUUUUAGCAGAAUCAGCCUUAGCCCGUCAAGCAUUAGCAUUCAUUAGCCCUGCCGAAAUAUUUUUCGGCUAAUACUAUGUUAUUACAAAAUAGAAGAUCAAUGAAGCUAGAGGCUUCUUAAUCAUACAAUUUCAUAAAAGGUGACAUUUAUAGAUAUAUAAUAAGAGGUUUUAUAACAAUACUCUUUCAAAUAGUCAUUGAGUUCAGUCUUUUGUUGUCCUGAAAUAUAAUUUUUUAAGUAUCCUUCCACCCACAUAAACAAUCUCAGUUUCCCCAUGAGUCCGUGGGUGAUAACUUGUGUUAGGAGUGACCUUAAUCCCUGAUAAAUGAAACGACUUUUGCUUAAACAAACUUCUUUCUGAAUUUGUAUUCAAUGACAGCCUUUUUUAAACAUUUCUGGAAAACCCAAUUAUGACCUAGGAAAUGUUUUUGAUGGUCUAAGUAUCUAUCUGCUCCUGCUGCACCUGGACAACUAGUACCUUUGAUACAAUAGUACCAACUGCUUCUACUUUUUUGCAUCUUUAUCUGCAACCAAAAACAUGCCCUAUAAUAAUAAAUCAUUGGGUACAAAUAUAUCAGACAAGCUUGGGGAUAUACUGCCUAGAGCUUCAGAAGAAGCCAUGGCUAGUGCUUCAAUUCAUAACUUUGUGCCUAUAAAUAAGAGUUUCAAUUAAGAAUACAGCAUAAGCUAUUAAGAAAAAUCCGAUGAUAACUCCAUAGUCCACACGCCAACUGAUGUAAUCCUCAACAUACACAAUAAAUGACUAAGCAAAUAGACUUCCAAAGAACACUACAAAAAUCUGCUAGCUAAAAAAAGGAGUUCUUGGGCAUUUUUCCCCUUGGGCAUUUUUCCCCCUUGGAAUAGAAAACAUCGAACUGGUCUGUAUAAAAGGUGGAGAUAUUUGGUCUUUCCUCCUUCUUGAGCCAGAACAAGAAGAUAUAGAGAAAAUUAGAAAUUUUAAUUUGCAUAGAAGCAGCCUUAUCACAGCUUUCACUUGAUGGUCAUUCUAGUGUUUUCAAAGACUUGAACGAAACUCCUGAGCUCAUAAUCAUUGUUUCAAACAUAAAGAUGCAUCGAAAGUUUGCAAAUGCCCAAAAGCAUUCCAAAUAUGUAUCAACAAUGUAUGCUCUGAAUAUGUAUUACAUGUCAAAGUGUGACAAUAAAAUUGCUGACAUUAUUGGAGGAGCAAACACUGCCUUCAUGUAGCUUAGUGGUUAGAUACACGACUAAUUUGAGUUCUCCACCUUUUAAAGGUAUUCAAAGGUUUUGAUGGAUGUUCACACCGCGUUCCAAAAAUUUCCACUUUGGUGCAGGCAAAGAGGAUGUUAGCAAAGACUAUGAGGGGUCACUAGUUUUUAUAAUAGCUAAAUGUACCUGCUCAUGACUUUCUAAAGCUUUCUCAACAUAUCUAAUUGAUGUAUCCUUUCAAUUGAUCCAUUUUAUGAAUGCCUUAUAAUCAUUAUAUCCAAUAAGAUUACAUUUGAUUGAGCCCAAUGAGUCGUCAUUGUAUUCCAGUUAGGGAUUUUGAAUUGCAAAUAUAAGUUGAAUCUUCAUUGCUGGAAUUUUUUGUCGUUGCUGUAGUGCAAACUUGUAGAAUUCAUUUGCUAGUUAAAUCUCUGGUUUCCAUCAUAUUAAAUCUUUCGGGAAGUAUGUUUGCAAAUAUUAUACAAGUGUGGCAUUUGGUGGAAUUGGCAUUUGUGGUUAAAACCAGCAACACAAGAAUCCCUGUCCUCUAUGAAGGGCAACCUUUAGAAAACAAAAAAGAAAUAGUCACUAACAAAUUGCUUGAUAAGCUUUGAUGACAGUCAAAUUAAUAGCAUGUCCGAUUCUUUUUU